GCCCCCCGGGAGGUGGUAACGCAUCCCGCCCCCCCGGGGACACUUGAGACAGGUCGGGGGGGGGGGGAAGCGGUCUCAAGGGAAGGACUCAGUCCUGGACAGACUCCCCCGCACCGAGCGCGGACUUUGCAGACCUCGGGCAAUCAAACAUUGUCAAUCGGGGAGGAGCAAGCGGGCGGGGCGUAGCGCCCGGGCAGAGCCCACCCACCGCAGCGACGCGGCAGCUUGGGGGAUACGAUGUACACGCCCCGGUUAGUGUCAGCCUGACGUCGGACAAUGCCACGCAGCCAGAGUGCGGGGCGGGUGGAUGCGCUAAGAACCUGAGUCAGAACAAGCCUGCGAGUUUAGCCAGCAUGACUUUCGGAGUCAAAUUAGUUUUUCUCUUACAGGCUUUUUGUCUUCUUACGAUCCACACGCACGGACAAAAGAAAGACGAUGCCACUGCAGAGGAAGUUAAAAUAGAAGUUUUACAUGUGCCCAAAGAAUGCAAGCCAAAGAGCAAGAAGGGGGAUAUGCUUAAUGCACAUUAUGAUGGCUACCUGGCCGCUGAUGGAUCCAAGUUUUAUUGCAGUCGGACACAAAAUGAAGGUCACCCAAAGUGGUUUGUUCUGGGUGUUGGCCAAGUCAUAAAAGGAUUAGAUAUUGCUAUGAUGAAUAUGUGUCCUGGAGAAAAACGGAAAGUGACAAUUCCACCAUCAUUAGCAUAUGGACUGCAAGGCUAUGCACAAGGCAAGAUUCCACCUAAUGCAACAUUGAUCUUUGAGAUUGAACUGUACACAGUGAGUAAAGGACCACGUAGUGUUGAAGCAUUUACUCAAAUAGACAUGGACAGUGACAAGAAACUCUCUCGAGAUGAGCUAAGCCAUUAUUUGAAGCAGGAAUUUGAAAGAGAUGGUAAAAAACGUGAUGCAUCAGUUCAUGAUUCUAUUUUAGCCGAUAUAUUUAAGAAGAAUGACCAUGACGGAGAUGGCUUCAUAUCUGCAAAGGAGUACAAUGUCUAUCAGCAUGAUGAACUAUAGCAAACUAUUUCUAAAAUCUCCUGGCUGCUUUCUGUACCCUAGAUUUAAAGAAUCUCUAAAAAGAACUUUCAUUUUGUCACACAAUGUUUUACAUUUUUUUUUGUAAUGGUAAAUUUUUAUACCUUGUAAGAUCAGUGUUAAAAAUCUUUCCAGUCACAUUUCAGUAAUAGACUGUGAUAUAUUUUACAAAAGAAAUAAAAUUAUAA